CGGGCUAUUUAAGCGUGAGUACCACGUGAUGAUUAUGUUCCCGGCUGUUGAGCUGUGUUCUGUUGCUCCGUUAGCUUUCCCGAUUAAGCUAACUUGCUAACAGAGCGGACAUGUUGCUUCAGGACACGUUUGGAUUUUGUGCGGCUUCUGUUCCUGGGUGUCACAGUGAGUUUCCAGUUGGAGUUAGCUAUCUGGGCUGCUGAACAGGGCUGCACAUAGACCUCCCACUAAGGAUUUAUUCCCCACGGAGAUGCUAGCUAUUGCUGCUUCCCCUCACCUGGCUACAGCAGAUCUUAAUCCACUGACACUUACCAACCAUGAGCGGUGGCGUGAAUAUCAACGUCAUAUCUCAGAGCCAGAAGGACUGAGGUGUCAGCUGUGGUCUCCCUUUAUAUCAAAACGUAAUAUCUCUCUCUAAGAUGGAUUCCAGACAACAACGCAGCAGUUUCCCUAGUCCCACGGUGCAAUAUCAGCACGUCGCCAAACGGCAUCAGUCCUUUUCUACGCUGUCUGCUUCCUCAGGUCCUGCAGCGCUGCUGAGAGGUGCGGCUUUAAAGAACCAACCGCUGCAGCAGAAGACUGGUGUGUACUCUCACAGAAGCCCAGCAGCUACAGAGCGAACUAAUGGAACAUGCUCAGCAUAUAGCAGCCCUCAGAUACUAAAGAGAGAAGUCUCACGCUCUAAAGAUACGCUGGACCGCCACACCGGGGCGUUGACUCAGAAGGCUUUGUGGGACCUCCAGUUAAGACAAAACACCAACAAGAACUGGACUUUUGGAAAAUAUCGUCUGAGGAGUGUGGACAAUGCAGAUGAGGUCCAGCAAGGCCAGGGAAGAGGGCGGCUCCUUUAUAUUAAAAGUGCAAAUGGGAAUGAGAUAGCAGGAGUGUCCUCAGGUGGGAUGAGGAGCUUCCAGAAAGAGAUGAGGAAUAUAUCCAACCAGGAGCUGGGAGUUUCUGAGAUAGAAGUGUCUCGUGACAAAUCAAAGACUUCUUAUCAGACAUUCAACAUGCCACGCAGAGGGAGAGAGCCAGGAAAAGGCAACAUGGCUGCUGUUGCUCCCUUCAGGUUCAGGUUUCAGGUCCACAACAACACAGAUGCCUCCCUGGAUGAUCUCAGUGACUGCUCGUCUGACUCCAUGGAGGUCUGCUGUGAUGAAAUAACUAUGUUUGUGCGGAGCAGUGAGGUCUGGUGCAGAUGACGUGCAGGCGAUGAGAGAGGGUGGUUUCCAUGGAGCAGUGCCGCUUGCAAGGGCUGCAGAGCCUCCUCAAUCCUCCUGGGAGACGGUUGUGUGGAAUAUUUAAAAAAAAUGAUUACACUCAUAUGUCAGCAAAAAAUCCCCUGCAGAAAAUGAUGUGACUGGAUUUUCAAUUUAACACAGCCACGUGUGUUUUUGUGCGUGUCUUACACUGAUUUGAAGAUAUUUUCAAAGUGUGGUUUUGGGCGUGUUGCUGCUUAUGCUGGCACAUCUUGUCGCUUGCUCCCUCAGUAAGAGUGAAGUCACCAGUAGAUUUUAUUGGGAUUUGAAGACUUAUUUUUUUCUCCUUUUGCAAGUAGUGGACAACUACACGAUCAUAUUCUUUAGUUUAACAAUGUUAACAUAUCGUGUACAUAAUCAUCAUUAUUUAUAUAGUAUGACAAGAAUAUACUUGUCCAUUUAUGGCAGGUCAGCACACAGCUGAUUUAUCUGACUGUAUAUCUGCAGUUGAUAGUGUAAGAAAGCUCAGACAGGAUCAAGAGAUAAUCUGGAUUCUCCAGUGUUGCAUUGUGUGG